ACUCAGCGAGCUGGAGAGACGCAUCGACGAGGCUCUCGAAAAUACGUGCAACGAUUUGUAGUGAAGAGCAACAAAAAUAAGUAAUAUAUAACGUAUAAAAAUGAACAAGACGCCUAUGCACGAGCUGCGUCGCGUGUGCGUUAUUGGAGCUGGCACCGCAGGCUUAAGCGCCUUGAAGAACUCACUGGAAGCGGGUCUGGAGGCGGUGGCGUAUGAGCGGGGCACAGAGAUCGGGGGCACAUGGAUAUUCUCGGAAGAGCUGCCAAAGGAUGAGCACGAAGAGGUGCACAGCAGCAUGUACGAGGGCUUGCGCACAAAUUUGCCCAAGGAAGUCAUGGGUUAUCCGGACUAUCCGUAUCCCACAGAGAUUGAAGACUCAUUCAUUACAUCGCAGCAGGUAUUGGAGUUUCUGCGCUCCUACGCCGAUCAUUUCAACCUACGACCGCACAUCAAGCUGCAACACGAGGUCAUCAGGGUGCGGCCCAGAUUGAACGAUUGGGAGGUCUAUGUUUGGGAUCACAACAACAACACUUGCGAUCCGGUCUACUACGACUUCAUUUACGUCUGCAAUGGCCACUACACGGAACCGGACAUGCCCAAAAUUGAGGGCAUGGAUCUGUUCGAGGGUCAGCAAAUGCACAGUCAUGUCUAUCGCAAGGCGGAGAAAUUUAAGGAUCAGAGAGUGCUGAUUAUUGGUGCCGGUCCUAGUGGCAUGGAUAUUACAAAUCACAUUCGCAAGGAGGCUAGGCACGUAUACUUGAGCCAUCAUCUCCCGACCACGCCCAACACCGCCUUUAUGGGCAAUGUGACGCAAAAGCCGGACGUUGAGCGGUUUACCAAAAAUGGCGCCAUAUUUAAGGAUGGCAGUGAGGAGAGCUUCGACUACGUGGUCCAUUGCACCGGCUAUCAAUACAGUUUUCCGUGCCUCAGCACCGAUGUGGGCGUGCAGGUGAUCGAUAACUUUGUGCAGCCACUGUGGAAGCACUGCGUCAACAUUAACCAUCCGACAAUGUCGUUCAUUGGACUGCCUUUCAAUGUGAUACCCACGCACAUAUUCGAUAUGCAGGUGCGCUUCACACUUAAGUUCUACACUGGACAACGCCAGCUACCCACCAAGGAGCAGAUGAUCGCCGACCUGGAGAAGGAGCAGGGCGAGCGCUGGGAGUGCGGCUUUGUCAACCGUAAAAAGGCACAUCAAAUGGGUGAACGACAGUUCGAUUACUACAAUGAGCUAGCCAAUAUGACGGGCAUUGAGAAUAUAAAACCUGUUAUUUUAAAGCUAAUGAAGGAUUGCGGAAAGAAAUAUAUAUUUGAACUGGAUACGUAUCGCAAUAAUCGUUACACGGUUAUAGACGAUGAGAAUUUCACCAAGCGCGCUAUAUGAUGAACAUGUAUUG